AUCCCUAUAUAGACGGGGACCUAAAAAUUGGAAUCCGCCGUUUUCCUUCAGCAAAAAAUACAAAAAAUGAACGCCCAAAAAAGACCCUAAGGCUGACAAAAAGCUGCGCCGAAUUUUCAGUAAAAAACCAGGAAAAAACCCCUCUGGUCAUAGUCCCCUUCAUGCUUGAGCUUAGGCAGCCAUAAAUGACUAGGACCUUCCCCUAAACUUCAUCCUCUUAGAGACCCCAAACCCGUCGAUCAACCCCUGCUCCUCCACCUCAACCAGACCAACAGUCCAAACCUGCACAAAAUCUGGCAAACCAGUGUUUUACAGUGUGUUUUUACAGUGUGUUAUAGUGUGUUUUACAGUGUGUUUUUGAAUCAGUCGAGGAUGGUUCCAGUUGAGUUCGGCGAGGUGCGACGUUUGGAUUUGUCGAGGUCUUGUUCUCCGGUCUUUGUUUGAGUUCGAAUCGACAGAAAACAGGGAAAGAAAACAUUGCCAUAUUAAGAAACAAGUAACGAGCUACUAAGGAGUUGGUUCUUCGACUCAGGUAGAUAUAGUGGUCGAGCAAGUUGUAGUUCAAGGGGAAUCAGUGUCAGUCACUACAAGUAAGGUACAAACUCCUCGUUCAAAAUUAGAUGUUCUGGUAUCCGCUAUAGAUGUUGCACCUUUUGAAACUCUUCCAUCCACAAGUAAGAAACCACAAAUGGAGGAAUUCAUUGUAGAAAAAGGUGCAGACAAUCAGGAGAAAGAGGUAGAUACCAUAACUGUGGUGCCUAUGAUUGAGGGAUAAGGCAGUAAAGAACCAGUGCAAAAUGAGGCAUCUGAUGGUCUUUUAUUCAGUUGGACGGAGGAUGAGGAUGAUAAUGGGGGUUAAAAGGAAGAAGGAGAUGUGGACAGUCAUGAGAAGCAUACUAUUUAAGACAUAGCUAAUGAAGAGAAAAAGAGUGAGAAUGAGGGAAAUUCUGGAGAAAAGAAGGAGAGUGAGACGGAUGAUAGGAUAGGUGAACAAGUAAAUGAUUAUGUAGAAGAAGAAAAUAAUAGUGAAGAAGAGGGUAAUUCUGAGAGUGAGGGUGAGGAUCAAGAAAAAGCAAGUGAGAGUGAAGGACUAGAUAAAGAAAGUGAGAAAGAGAAUGAGAAUAUGAGUGAUGAAUCUGAAGGCUCUAUGACCACUGGGAAUACUGUCAUAGCCCCUUCAGAAGAAGCAAGUGGAGAGAAAAAGACUAAAGAACUUGGGCCCUUAUUAACUCCUUUCACUGGAGAUGAAGAGGUCAGCAGUGGUGAAGAUGACUUGUCAUUGUCUGAGGUAGGAAAGAAACCCAGAAAGACUUCUGUGAAAGUAACAAGGCCUACAGUCCCAACAAGGAAAAAAGUGGCUCCUUCUGCUGAGACUCUAUUACGAGAAGUAAAAGAAAGGCUGUUGAUGAACAAAAUCAUUAAGGAGUUAAGAGGUUCCAAGAAGCCAAGGAAGAAAGUUUCAGUUAUGGAACCUGUGGUUAUGUUGGAUGGAGAAGAUGAGUAUGAGUCUACUUUGCCAGAAAAGUCCUCUACACAAAAGAGAAAGGUUGCCAAAGUUACAAAAACUGUUACCCCUUCUACAAGGGCCAGUAUAUGAAAGAAGAGAAAGAAUGUGCCAAAUGUGGUUAAUAAAUUCAUAGAGUUUAGGAACAACAAAGUGCUUAAUGGGAAUAUUCUUGCAAAUACUGAUGAAAAGGGGAUGGCUCUACUGGUUGAAAAACUUGAGCUACAAGGAUGGAAGCACAUAUUUGUCAAAACUUUCCCCCUUGUACGUGUUCCUGCUUUGGUAGAGCUCUAUGCAAACUUCCAAUUUGAUGGGAAGGUAGUCAAAAGUAAUUUAAAGGGUUUUGAAAAGUUUGAUGCUGAGGAGUUGGGGAUGCUUUUGAAUAUUUCUUAUUUGUGAUUUGAUAAUUACUUGAAGAAAAAAUGGCUAACCAUAAACAAUGAUGUUGACACUAGCAUUGUGAUCACAAGAAAAUUCUUCAAAAGGUUGAACUAGAUGCUCUCCAGAAGGUGUACAAGACUGAUAUGACUUCCUUCCACAAGCUGUUGUUUCAUUUUAUCAAUUCCUGCAUUCUUCAGAGGUAUGAGAGAAGGCAUGAAGCUACCGUGUUGAACAUGGCUGUAAUGGAACUGCUUGACACUGGUAAACCUAUCAAUCUCCCUAGCAUGAUGAUUCAACAUAUGGCAAGAGCAACAGAUACUUCCAAGCCUAAGUAUGUUAUGCCUUAUGGUUUCAUGUUCACUGAGCUAUUUGGCAAGCUCAACAUUGCCUUGCCUAAGCUUAAGGAUGGAAAUCACAAUGAUGUUUUGAAUGCUAUUACCCUAAAGCAGUGUUGCUAUGAGUAGAUCAAGGCUAGGGGACCCACAUGAUCUGCUAUUCUACCUGGAAGCAAUAGGGCAGCAGAACUUGGUAAGAGAUUGGAGUUGGCUGUUAAAGAGAAUGUCAAGCUUUGUGAAGGCAAUGAUAAGCCGAGAAAGGAAACCAUUCAGCUUAAGAAAAACCUCAAAAGACAUAGGGAAGCUCAUUCCCAAUAGAUUGCCACUUUUUUGAAAGCAUUGACCCCCUAACCUCUCGCCAAUGAACUUUUUCCUUCCCAGUGUCGUUAAUUUCCUUUUGCUAUCCUAGUGGCUUUAACUUUUUUUUCUAUUGUGUUUUAGUCUGAGUAGAUUGCAGUAUGCUUAGUUUAUCUUAUUCUAAUGGUUUAAGACAAGGCACUGGGCUUCUUUUGACACUACUAAAUGUCUUCUCUUGUACUGCUUUAAUGCUUUGCAAAGUAUUGGAUUUUCAGCCUA